CACAACUCCAAUAUGGCGAAUGUGAGGGACAGCGAUACGUCGUUGUGGCUACAUAACAAGCUCGGAACGUCAAAUGAUAGCUGGACCGGGUCUUCGAUUUGCUCGCAACUAAACGCGGAGGUGCUAAGGAACAUCAAGGACUGUUUUCCGGACCUGCAGACCCAAGUCAAGCUUAAAUUAUUACUUUCCUUCUUCCACAUACCGAGGCGGAAUGUCGAGGAGUGGCGUGUCGAGCUGGAAGAAAUUAUCGAGGUGGCAUCGCUGGACAGCGAGUUGUGGGUUUCGAUGUUAUCCGAAGCGAUGAAGACGUUUCCCUCGACGGGUUCUCUGAAUACAGAUAUUACCGAUCUGGAUGAGCAUCGACCGAUAUUCGGAGAGCUCGUGAACGACUUGAGGAAAUUACUGAAGAAGCAGAAUGAUCCUGCCAUGCUGCCGUUGGAGUGUCAUUAUUUGAAUAAAACUGCUGUGACUUCUGUGGUUGGUCAACUGCCUGCUCCGACGAAGCAUUUUACAUUAAAGAGGAAACCAAAAAGUGCAGCAUUAAGGGCUGAGUUGCUACAAAAGAGCGUCGAUGCGGCUAGUAAUCUAAAGAAGAGUACAGCGCCAACAGUACCUGUCAGAAGUAGAGGAAUGCCCAGAAAAAUGACUGACACGACACCGCUUAAGGGCAUUCCUAGCAGGGUUCCCACCAGUGGCUUCCGAUCCCCUUCAUUGACGAGUCCUUCGAUGGCUAAUAGAACACCGAUUGCAAGUCGAAUUCGGAAAGACGGAGGCAUAAAGCUCUUGGACAUAAACGAACAACCGCUUGGCUACGCACAGGCUAAGAAAAGGAAACGAAUGCUGGAGCUGGAAGAGCAGCAGAAGAAGGUUGCCGAAGUCCAGGCAGCGGCAGCAGCAGCAGCUUCAGCUGCUGCGACAGCUGCAGAGACUCCGGUUACUCCGGAAUAUGCUCAAGGUCUGGCUCCGCUGAAUCCACCCACCACUCCAGCUGCCACGGUGUCGACAGCGCAGCCUUACGUUGCUCCAACCACACCUACCGUUGUGCCACCCACUGCUGCUCCUCAGACACCUACCACGCCUAUAGCUCCUACAACACCAAGUACAACAAUACCGGUGACAACACCUGUCGCUGUGGUACCUGUAGUGGAGAGUACUCCAGUCGGUGUGCAAACCGUCAGACCUGCUCAGACUGUCACCCAAAUCCGAAUACAAACCACUGCGCAGCCAGCAAAUGCUGCAGCGAACACAAGAAAAGGCCUGUCACUUACGAGAGAACAAAUGUUGGAGGCCCAAGAAAUGUUCAGAACUGCCAACAAAGUUACCAGACCGGAGAAAGCGCUUAUUCUCGGUUUCAUGGCAGGAUCGAGGGACAACCCCUGUCCAAAAUUGGGUAACAUUGUCACCGUCAUGUUAUCCGAAAACGUGGAAGAUGUCACUCAACCUGAUGGCACGACGGUGUCAAUGCUCGUAGAAACCCACUUCCAAAUGAAUUAUACCAAUGGUGAAUGGAAGAGAAUUAAGAAAAAUCGACGUGUCGUGAGCGACGAAUCUGCAGCUACUACGCCAGUUGCACCUGCCACAGCGACGGCUUCCAAUUGAACAAAUUCGAUUUAAUGCGUUCGUCUAACUUCCGGCAAAGAAUCACGCACAACUUUCUCGCCAGCUUCAUUGGAAGGCACAGAAAAAUGACUUUACGAAUUUUAUUUGCAAUAUAUCUGUAUAAUAAUUGAUUGAUAAUAUUUACAGCUUUAUAUCUAGAAGUUGUUAUGCAGAUAUGUGUUAAGCAUGUAUUUACAAAGUCGUUUUGUGUGAUCAAUGGUGAAUCUGCUGGCUCGAUCGAUAGUGAUGGAGGGAGUCCCUCGGAGUGAUGCAACGUCUGGCGAAAGUGCCUCAAGUGUGUGAUUUCAUUCGAUUAGUUGGUAAUGUGCGGUGAAGGAUAGUUUCUUCCUUUAAGGACUGUAUGAUUUCCGUUUUCAUAUUGUCUGUGUCGCCUGUAAAUAUUUACUGGACAUAGUCAAGGGUCCUUCGUCGGGUUAGGUUGGAUUAUUCAUAAUACUGUGUAAGUAUUCGGGAAGAGUUUUCGGAGUUCGUUGUCUACGGUUUACAUGUGUUUAACCGAUGCGUUUAAAAAUGUGGUUUACGUUCGGAACAUUCUAUAAACGGCUUUGUGCAAGUUUAAUUAACAUCACAUCUGGAAUUGUCAUAUCCCGUUGCAUGAUCGGAGGUAAUCAUGUACCUAGUAAAUUAUUCGCUAGUGCAUUACAUUAGAAUAUUAGCGUUAAAAGUCAAAACUGUGGCAAUUCUCAGAAUGUUCCAAACUUAAGCCAUUUCGAGACGGAUUAGGUGAAAAAAGAACAUUAAAAUAUACUUAAAGAAAGUAAGUAGUGAUUGGAAACGACGAAGCGACUUGUCUUUUUAUUUGUUUUUCUUUUCUAACUUUUUGGGACGAGGACUAUGUAAAUCUUGUUUUCAAUGUGUAGAUAGACUACGCCCAGUGUCGAGGAAAUGGUGUAGUGAUGUACAUUUGUAAGUUUGAGCUAAAAGUGUUAUAAAGAUCAGCAGUUUAUUAAUGAAUUCGAA